AAAGUCAAAAAUUUGGCGCCAAUGCGUAACGGCUGCAGCCAAACGGCAGUUAGGCAGGAAUGCCUCUUUUCACUCCUUUAAGAGCCCCAGCGGUGUAGCAAACGUUGCUAUCUCCAAGCAUUCCUGCAUUUCCUCCAGUGCCUUGAGACUUGAGCUUUGAGCUCAUCCAGCACCUCAUGCUUUCAUGGAGUUUGCACCAAUCUCCGCCAUCGUCUUCACCUUCCUUCUCUUCUUCCUCCCCCACGGCCCGGGCCCAACCCUUUCAGCUGGCUGGUCGGAUGACCGCUCUGCGCUUCUGUCCUUCAAGUCCGGUGUGUCUAGCGACCCCAAAGGAGCGCUCGCUAGCUGGGGUUCGCCUAAUGUGUGCAACUGGACCGGUGUUGCUUGCGACAUGGCAACUAGGCGUGUCGUGAAGCUGAUUCUAAGAGAUCAAAAGCUCUCAGGUGAGAUCUCUCCUGCACUCGGCAACCUCUCUCGCCUCAACAUACUCAAUCUCUCGGAAAACCUCUUCACCGGGAGGGUUCCAUUGGAGCUCGGGAACCUCUUUCGCCUCAAAUUACUAGACAUAUCGGCGAAUUCAUUUGCCGGGAAAGUCCCGCUGGAGCUUGGGAACCUCUCUAGCCUCAAUUUCCUUGACCUCUCUGGAAACUUGUUCACUGGAGAAGUGCCGCCGGAGCUCGGCAACCUCUCUCGCCUAAAGCAAUUGAGCAUUGCUAACAACCGUUUGGAAGGGCCAAUUCCUGUCGAGCUCACACGCAUUCGGAACCUUAUUUACCUCAACCUCGGCGAAAACAACUUGUCCGGGCACAUCCCAGAGGCCAUCUUUUGCAACUUCUCCAGCUUGCAGUACAUUGACCUCUCCUCAAAUUCACUCAAUGGCAAGAUCCCCAUCCGAGGAGAUUGUAUGCUGCCCGACCUGAUGUUCUUGGUCUUGUGGUCGAACAACCUCGGCGGCGGCAUCCCCCACUCGAUAUCCAACUCGACUAAGCUCAAAUGGCUGCUGUUGGAGUCAAAUUUCUUCACCGGUGAGCUGCCGUCCGACAUGUUCGGCAACAUGAGGGGCCUAGAGCUUCUGUACCUUUCAUACAACUACCUAAAAAGUCCCAAGAACAACACCAACCUUGAGCCUUUCUUUGCCUCCCUAGCAAACUGCACCAAUUUGAGGGAGCUCGGGAUCGCCGGAAACGAGAUAGCCGGGACGAUCCCGCCGCUUGUAGGUCGCCUCUCCGCUGGCCUCAAGCAGCUCCACCUGGAGUACAACAAAAUCUUCGGUCCGAUCCCGGCGAAUCUCUCGGACCUUGCUAAUCUAACCGUCCUGAACCUGUCCCACAACCUAUUCAACGGCUCCAUCCCGCCGGGAAUCGCCGGUAUGCAGCGGCUCGAGCAGGUGUACCUUUCCAACAACUUGCUCUCCGGCGAGGUCCCUCCAUCCCUCGGUGCGAUGCCACAGCUGGGACUCAUCGACCUCUCGCACAACCGGCUCACCGGCGCAAUCCCGGCCACGCUCUCCAACCUCACGCAGCUGCGCGUGCUUGUGCUGCGUCACAACCGUCUCUCAGGCGCCAUACCUCCAAGCCUUGUCCACUGCGUGAACCUGCAAAAUUUUGAUCUCUCACACAAUGCGUUACAGGGCAAGAUUCCGGCAGAGUUGUCGGAGCUGAGUAGCUUGCUCUACCUGAACCUCUCCGGCAACCAACUGGAAGGGCCGAUCCCGGCGACCAUAAGCAAGAUGGUGAUGCUGCAGGUGCUCAACUUGUCAUCGAACAGUUUGUCCGGUACGAUCCCGUCGCAGCUCGGCAGCUGCGUCGCGCUCGAGUACCUCAACGUCUCAGGCAACGCGCUGGAAGGUGGCCUGCCAGAAACCAUCGGAGCCCUGCCGUUCUUGCAAGUUCUUGACGUGUCGUACAAUAGUCUGACGGGGGCGUUGCCGGUGUCCUUGGAGACGGCGGCGUCGUUGCGGCGUGUCAACUUCUCCUACAACAGCUUCUCUGGGGAGGUGCCGGGUACCGGUGCCUUCGCGAGCUUCCCGGCGGACGCGUUCCUCGGCGACACUGGCCUUUGUGGGUCCGUGGCCGGCUUGGCUCGGUGCGGCGGCGCAAGGCAUAGCGUACUUCGUGAACGGCGCGUGGUGUUGCCCGUGGUGAUCACGGUCAUCGGUUUCACGUUGGCUAUUGUCGGCGUCGUCGCGUGCCGUACGGAGGCGAGAGCGGACGUGAGGCGAGACGCGCGCCGCUCGAUGCUGCUGACCGACGCCGAUGAGGCGACGGAGAGGGACCACCCGAGAGUGUCGCACCGGGAGCUCUCCGAGGCGACGCGCGGCUUCGAGCAGUCGAGCCUCAUCGGCGCGGGGCGUUUCGGGCGCGUCUACGAGGGGACGCUUCGUGAUGGCACGCGUGUCGCCGUCAAGGUCCUCGACCCGAAGAGCGGCGGAGAGGUCUCUCGGAGCUUCAAGCGGGAGUGUCAGGUGCUGCGGCGGACGCGCCACCGGAACCUGGUGCGCGUGGUCACCGCGUGCAGCCAGCCGGACUUCCACGCGCUCGUGCUCCCGCUGAUGCCCAACGGCAGCCUCGAGAGCCGUCUCUACCCGCACGACGGCCGUCCUGGCCGCGGCCUCGACUUAGCACAGCUGGUGUCCAUCGCCGGCGACGUCGCCGAGGGGCUCGCCUACCUGCACCACUACGCGCCGGUCCGCGUCGUGCACUGUGACCUGAAGCCAAGCAACGUCCUCCUCGACGACGACAUGACGGCCGUCGUGGCGGACUUUGGCAUCGCGCAGCUGCUCAAGGACGUCGGCGACAGUGACUUCGGCUCAGAUGAUCGGUGCAACUCCAUAACCGGACUGUUACAAGGUUCAGUCGGCUACAUCGCACCAGAGUACGGACUAGGAGGCCACCCUUCGACGCAAGGCGACGUGUACAGCUUCGGCGUGAUGCUUCUCGAGCUGAUCACCGGGAAGAGGCCAACCGACGUGAUCUUCCAUGAGGGGCUCACGCUGCACGACUGGAUCAAGCGGCACUACCCACACGACGUCGGCGCGAUCGUCGCGCGGUCGUGGCUGACGGACGCGGCGUCGGCGGUGGCGGACGAGAGGCUCAUGGCGGACAUCAUGGUCGAGCUGAUCGACCUCGGGCUCGUGUGCACGCAGCACUCGCCGACGGCGCGGCCGACCAUGGUGGAGGUGUGCUACCAGAUCACCCUCCUCAAGGAGGACCUUGCCAAGAACCGGGGCGCGGCAGUCUUUACGGCAAGGGCGGCGGCAUCGGUGACGAUGACGGCUAGCGAGCGAUCAUGCUCUACCUCGGAUUCGUCUUUCUGACGUUUAAUCGCGCUUGAAAAAAUUCGGGAUACAAGUUGCAUGCACUGCACAUUUUGUCGUUACACAUAUCAACUUUAGUAAAGAAGCUCUUUUACAGUACCCUCAAAUGAAAAUGUGCCCUUUGUCUGUUUCGAUCUAAUGGUUUAGAUUAGUAAAGAUUACAAUCUACUCUUGUUGUUUUACAUGAGAGUAGAUUUCUCUUAGGGGCAAGAUAGGGAACUAGAGACAUGUACAAGGUGAAUAUGAUUAGUUGCGUAAUUUUCGCUGGACCCUCGUCUGACUUUUACGCUAGCCGCCACGGAGCCGAAGCCCGAGAAGACCAUCGUGGUCGCCAAGGAGGAAGGCAUCAAUGUUAGAAAUAAUAGUAUUUUUAGAUUUACUUUAACUCAAUUCUUAAUAUAACAUGAAUAUAAAUAGAUUCAGCUAAUCAAUUA